UCGGCCCUGGCGGUGGCGGCUGGCGAUUCGGCGCGAUCAGACCCGGGCGGAGGUGCCCCGCGCCCCGCGGCAUGAGCCGGUGACCGAGCGCGGGGCCGAGCGGGAGGCAGCCGUGGCUGAGGAGUGUGAGGAAGAGGCUGUCUGUGUCAUUAUGUGUGCGUCGGUCAAGUAUAAUAUCCGGGGUCCUGCCCUCAUCCCAAGAAUGAAGACCAAGCACCGAAUCUACUACAUCACCCUCUUCUCCAUCGUCCUCCUGGGCCUCAUUGCCACCGGCAUGUUUCAGUUCUGGCCCCAUUCUAUCGAGUCCUCCAAUGACUGGAAUGUAGAGAAGCGCAGCGUGCGUGAUGUGCCGGUGGUCAGGCUGCCGGCCGACAGUCCCAUCCCAGAGCGGGGGGAUCUCAGUUGCAGAAUGCACACGUGUUUUGAUGUCUACCGCUGUGGCUUCAACCCAAAGAACAAAAUCAAGGUGUAUAUCUAUGCUCUGAAAAAGUACGUGGAUGACUUCGGUGUCCCUGUCAGCAACACCAUCUCCCGGGAGUAUAAUGAACUGCUCACAGCCAUCUCAGACAGUGACUACUACACUGAUGACAUCAACCGGGCCUGCCUGUUUGUGCCCUCCAUCGAUGUGCUUAACCAGAACACACUCCGCAUCAAGGAGACAGCACAAGCCUUGGCCCAGCUCGCUAGGUGGGAUCGAGGUACAAAUCACCUGUUGUUCAACAUGUUGCCUGGAGGUCCUCCAGAUUAUAACACAGCCCUGGAUGUCCCUAGAGACAGGGCCCUGUUGGCUGGUGGCGGCUUUUCUACGUGGACUUACCGGCAAGGCUACGAUGUCAGCAUUCCUGUCUAUAGUCCACUGUCAGCUGAGGUGGAUCUUCCAGAGAAAGGACCAGGUCCACGGCGAUACUUCCUCCUGUCGUCUCAGGUGGGUCUCCAUCCUGAGUACAGAGAGGACAUAGAAGCCCUCCAGGUCAAACACGGAGAGUCAGUGUUAGUACUCGACAAAUGCACCAACCUCUCAGAGGGCGUCCUUUCUGUCCGUAAGCGCUGCCACAAGCACCAGGUCUUCGAUUACCCACAGGUGCUACAGGAGGCUACUUUCUGUGUAGUCCUUCGUGGAGCUCGGCUGGGCCAGGCAGUAUUGAGUGAUGUGUUACAAGCUGGCUGUGUCCCAGUUGUCAUUGCAGACUCCUAUAUUUUGCCUUUCUCUGAAGUUCUUGACUGGAAGAGAGCAUCUGUGGUUGUACCAGAAGAAAAGAUGUCAGAUGUGUACAGUAUUUUGCAGAGCAUCCCCCAAAGACAGAUUGAAGAAAUGCAGAGACAGGCCCGGUGGUUCUGGGAAGCGUACUUCCAGUCAAUAAAAGCCAUUGCCCUGGCCACCCUGCAGAUUAUCAAUGACCGGAUCUAUCCAUAUGCUGCCAUCUCCUAUGAAGAAUGGAAUGACCCUCCUGCUGUGAAGUGGGGCAGCGUGAGCAAUCCACUCUUCCUCCCGCUGAUCCCACCACAGUCUCAAGGGUUCACCGCCAUAGUCCUCACCUACGACCGAGUAGAGAGCCUCUUCCGGGUCAUCACUGAAGUGUCCAAGGUGCCCAGUCUAUCCAAAUUGCUCGUCGUCUGGAAUAAUCAGAAUAAAAACCCUCCAGAAGAUUCUCUCUGGCCCAAAAUCCGGGUUCCAUUAAAAGUGGUGAGGACUGCUGAAAACAAGUUAAGUAACCGUUUCUUCCCUUAUGAUGAAAUCGAGACGGAAGCUGUUCUGGCCAUUGAUGAUGAUAUCAUUAUGCUGACCUCUGACGAGCUGCAAUUUGGUUAUGAGGUCUGGCGGGAAUUUCCUGACCGGUUGGUGGGUUAUCCGGGUCGUCUGCAUCUCUGGGAUCAUGAGAUGAAUAAGUGGAAGUAUGAGUCCGAGUGGACAAAUGAAGUGUCCAUGGUACUCACCGGGGCAGCUUUUUAUCACAAGUAUUUUAAUUACCUGUAUACUUACAAAAUGCCUGGGGAUAUCAAGAACUGGGUAGAUGCCCAUAUGAACUGUGAAGAUAUUGCCAUGAACUUCCUGGUGGCCAACGUCACGGGAAAAGCAGUUAUCAAGGUAACCCCAAGAAAGAAAUUCAAGUGUCCUGAGUGCACAGCCAUAGAUGGGCUUUCUCUAGACCAAACACACAUGGUGGAGAGGUCAGAGUGCAUCAACAAGUUUGCUUCGGUCUUCGGGACCAUGCCUCUCAAGGUGGUGGAACACCGAGCUGACCCUGUCCUGUACAAAGACGACUUUCCUGAAAAACUGAAGAGCUUCCCCAACAUUGGCAGCUUAUGAAACGUGCCACUGGUGGAGGUGUGAAUGGGAGGCUGGGGUAGGAAGAGAACAAGGCCUGCCAGCACUCCGAUGUCAGAGUAGUGGGUUAAGAGUGGAAGGUUGACCUACUUGGAUCUCAGCAUAUACCCACCUAACCCACUUUCUCAAGAACAGAAACCUAGAGGGAAUAUCCAAGCACCUCGAGCUAUGCAACCUCUGUUCUUGUAUUUUGUAUGAUCUCCGAUGGGUUAUUCUAAAAAAUGCCAAGUGGAAGCCUUUGUGGCAUGCUCCAGGUUUAAAUCCAGCUGAAGCUCCCUUUGUUUUCAGUUCCUGUAUAACAAUCUAGAAGGAAACUUCACAGGCUAUAAGACUGCCGGAGAAGAGAAACCUGUCAGCCCAUUGUAGGUCUGGGGAUUCAUGUAAAAGGUGCCUGGACGUCACUUUCAGUGACUUACAUCAGUGAGUUCUUUGGAGGAACAGCCAAGCCCAGAAUUUGGUGCAAAACGCAGGCAUCUUGGUGGGAUUUGCUAAAUGCCUUGGGACCUGGAGUGCCGGGACUGUUCACAGGAAGAGCACCAGCCGCUGAGUCAGGCUCCUGUCAGUUCCAUGAACUGUUCCUCUUUGGUUUGGUUUUUUGAUAUAAUUAAAAUCAUUUUUUAUUCCUUUUUC